AGUUCAUCCAGCACUCUCACCCGAAGUGCACGACACUUUUAGGCAUUGGCUGUCUGAGUGAUUCCCUUUAGACAAGAGGGGGUGGUUAAGAGGAAGCUGUUCACUUGGGUCCCAAGUAUGAGCAGAGAGUCGGUUGCUCACAGUGGAAUUUAAUUAAUAUAGCUCUGAACAAAUAUUUCAUAAAUUGUACUAUAUAGAAUCUUCUGUGUGGAGAUAUUUGAGGUGUUUCACAGGCAAGUUGUGUUGUGAACAAAGAGUGGAAUUUGAAGGAGAAUUUAUCGAUUGUGCUCCCACCAUCCCUUGUGUUUUCCGCAUAGGGAUUUUAGCCUGAAAAACGGGGGGAGAGUUUGUGAAAAGUGGUGAAAGUGGUCCAAAAAAUGUUUCCCAUCAGACAUAGAACUUCCCUAUCAAUGGCCCUUGUUAGAUAUUUACACAAUUUGCUAGUUUUAAGUAUUCUCUUUGGCGUCGCAAAGUGCUUCGAUGGAUUUCCCCAGCACCAUCUUGAACGGAAGUCCAAUAUUGAUGCCACAGGAAGCAAAUCCCCAGUAUACGAUGUCAAUCAACUCAUCGUAACCAAUCCCUGUCUCGUUCACUACUGUGGUCGAGGUCAGGAGUGCGUGGUGGAUGCCUCCCAGAUGGCCAAAUGUGUGUGCCAGAGAUUCUGCACAAGGCGUCAAAAGCCCGUUUGUGGCUCAGAUGGGGAGAUGUACAGGAAUCAUUGUGAAAUGCACAGAAUGUCGUGCCUCAAGGGGAGAAAAAUCACUCUCCAGCAUCCGGAUUACUGCAGCCAGGUGACAACGAGAGCUCCUGUGACAAUGUGCACGCCACAAGAGUAUGAGAUUAUGAAGGAUAAUCUCCUGCUCUACAGCCAUGCUAGACUGAUCUCAAGCGACAACAACCACAGCAGGGACUUCCUAGUCUCCAUCAUGUUCUCCCAUUACGACCAGAACAACAAUGGACAUCUAGAGACAACAGAACUACGAGAAUUGUACCAAUUGGAGCAUCUUGAGGACCUUAGUCCCAACUGCGUCUUGAGCGACAUGCUGGUGUACGAUGACUCCAAUCACGAUGGUCACCUGAGUAUUAAUGAAUUUUACCAGGCCUUCAAUAAGAUGUACAGUGUCUCAGUGGUGUCUCUGGACAAAGUUCUGGAGACAAAUCACCUAACUGCCCGUUUGGGUGACAAUGUUGAGAUAAAAUGCGACGUCACGGGUUCUCCAGCUCCUCCAAUUGUCUGGCAACGAAAUGGGGUGGAUCUGUUGACGUUGGUGGAAGAGAAUAUUCGGGUGUUUACAGAUGGGGGUCUCUAUUUGACUCACGUUCAGCUGGUUCAUGCUGGGAAUUAUACGUGUCAUGCACAAGGGAAUGAAGAUGUUGUGCAGACGCACAUCCUUACAGUGCACACAGUGCCAAAAGUGCGUGUAAUGCCGCGAAUUCAGUCGCGAAGUUUAGGUGAGAAUGCCGAGAUGUUUUGCCAUGUGACUGGGGAGCCCUUUCCGGCCGUUGAAUGGCUCAAAAAUGACGAGGCCAUCAAAUUGGAGACACCAAAUAAAUACGAAGUCAUUGGCAAUGGAACCUCACUUCAUGUCCUCAAUAUCACCUAUUCCGACACGGGAGCUUUCAUGUGCCGUGCACAGAAUAUUGGAAGCGAAGUCAAGGACAUCAGUUCAUUGAUUGUCCAGGAGGAUGAGACACCAACUGUUCUCAUCGAGGAAAAUCGAUUUUUCGUCUUUCACAAGUACGGAGCUGCAAUCUAUGAACCUGGUGCAUGUCGUCUUGUACAUCAGAUUCAGGGUACAGACAUCAUACCUGGUACUCAGGAUACUGUUUGUGGUUUGAGUGGAUUGGGGUGUUCAUGGGGCAGGGCUAUUAAUAUUGGAACGCGUUAUAUCUACGUCAGUCAGCCCUAUAGAGAUCGGGUUUUGAUCAUUUCUACCCUUCAGAUGGUCGUAGUGGAUGUUAUAGCUACUGACCGGUAUCCAGUUGAGCUUCAUUUUGUGCCACAUUUGGAUCAGGUCUGGAUUCUCAAUUGGCGUCGUUCAGAUACUCCCUAUUCGAAAACUCUGCAAGUAAUUCGGGAUGCUGGACAGAAGAAACGCCAUCAGGCAACUCAUCCCCAAAUGAAGAGCGAUACCGAAGUUAUAAGGGAUUUCUUUGUACCUACCGCAGAUUUUGAACCCCUAAAUUAUGCUUUUAACUAUGGCUAUGUCACUCACCAGAAUACAAUGGGACUUCAGAAAAUUGACCUCAAUACCUUUCACUAUGUGAGGUAUAUUGAUCUCUCAUCCUAUGCCUGUUUGCCCUAUUCUGUCACCUUCUCAGCCUACUAUGGCAUCGUAGUAAUUGCUUGCAUUGAACCGGACACCAACACUUGGCGUGGACAAUUGAUCCUCGAUUAUCUGACAGAUUCGGUUAUGGGUACAAAGCCUGCUAUUCAUGGAGUAGCACGUAUCUCACCCAAUUCCAGACAUAUCGUCACCACUUUUGUAGACAACAAUGCCGGAACAACGCUCACCGUGCAGCAAAUAACAUCGAGUGGCCUGCAAUUCUCCUUCGAUGUUAAAACCACACUCAAUAUCAGCGAUGUGACUUUCUAUGAGAGUCAAACGACCCAUGGGUAUGACUUGUUUGCCAGUGCCAGCGACAAAGAGGACAUUCUGUAUUUGAAUUUGGACUCAGGCAAGGUGGAAAUGAUAACAGGAGUCGGUCCGGGUGCACCUCAACUUCAACAACCAACACCAAUUUUCAAAUGGGGCAACUCCAUGCGAUCAAUUAAGUCUUCAGGACUCUUUGGGCAAUAUAUGGUGACUUUGACAAAUAGUGCCCUUUUUGUGAUUAAUGGCAAAAGUAAGACCGUCAACUGUGAAAUUGGCGGUGUUCUCAAUCCCGUUGGUGUUGUAUGGGCCAAGUAUCGGCAAAAUUCAUCAGCACAGACGCCUAGUCUUAUUCCCAGGAGUCACGAGGACAUCAACGAAAAUUAAUUUUUCCGGUAUGUUUAGACAAUGGUUUAAUAUACAAUGAACUAGAAAAAAAACAUUCUGAAAUGAUGACCUUUCUCUAUAUCUUUCUCCUUUGUUCUAUCACGUAUCAUUGGCACACGAUUAGGAAAAAGACAAAUUUUUCAAUUAUCACUAAAAUGAUAAAAAUUAUACACGUUUGUGUUUUUAUGGACAAAAAGAGAGAGAGAGAGAGUAAGAGAAGGAAAUAAACAAGUGGAAAAAAUGUCUAAAAUACACAAAAAAAAACAUUUUUUUCUAUCUAAAUUAACAGUGGAAUGUCCAUUUAUCUAUGAAAUCCACGAUUUCUAUUACAGCUCAAAAAAUAAGUUUAUUUUCUCACAAAUAAAUAUAACUCUUGAUUUCCUAAAUUCAUAUUUUUUAUCACCUGACACACCAAAAAGCAAAGAAAUAGCCUUUCACAGAGGACAAAUAUGAAUAUAGAGUUGUGAAUAAUUUUAAUGUGAGAAAUGACACGGAAGCACACAUUUUUCAAGAAAAACUCAUCACUUGAAUCAGCAAUUGUUCUAUCUGCUAUGCAAAAACAUUCAGAAAAAAUAAUUGUUACCUAAAGUAACAAAAUCUCUUGCUCUUUUAUUUUUUUUUUGCUUCAACUUGCAAUGCUGAUUCACGAAAUAGUACGCAAAAAAUGCGAAAAAAUAGAUGAUUAUUAAUUUGUAUACCAGAGCCAGAGAUUAUUACACAGAGUCAUCAGACAUCGUCACAUUUUAUUUGACUUACCAAUUAGGAUUAACGAGUUUGCGAAGAAGUAUCACUGCGAUGAUAAAAUAAAAUAUGAAAAAAUACAGGGUCUCAGAGGAAUGUGUGACGUGAUAUCGAGAUAUUUGAAAUUGAUUUUUGCAUAACAUGAAGAUUAUUUCCCAACAACUAAUUUCUUCACAAUCUUGGCGAGCAAAGUUUUUCAAUAUUUUAUAUGCAAAUACUUUCACUGAUGCACGAAAGGUUUUGGGCGAAAUUCUUUCAGGUGAAAUAUUGUACUGAAUUAAAUGCAAAAAAAAACAUUUGCAGUAGCUGGAGGAGAUGUUACACGCACUCAUAUUAAACUCAUAUUCUUUUAAAAUAAUUCUUUCCCAUUUUUUUUUAAUUUUCCUAGGCUUCAGAAUACAAAGACUAUAUUAUUUAGUGGAAAAAAUUAAAUAAAUCACUUUUCUUAAGCUGAAAAAAUGGCACCAGAACAUUAGGAAUUAAAUUUACAAGAAAAUUUGCACGGUGUUGCAACUGCUAAAGACAGCUUACAAAAUAUUAAGAUGUGAAAUUCAUUACUUAUUCAGUAGUUUAUGCGAGAGAACACAGAUUGACUUUUAAAUUUCUUUUAACUUUCUGUGAAAGAACUCAAUUAAGGGGUUACAUGAAUCAAAAAGACUGAAAAACAGCAUAUUUUCUCAAUUUUUUUCAGCACAAUAAAAAAAAUAUUUGAUUCAGUCUCUAUAAAAAGUACAACAUUUCAACUUUAUUUUCUGAAAAUUUCAUUUAAAAAUCUUAAAAAUUCAGCCUUUGGAACCUGAUUGUUGGAGACCUUUUUAAAAAAACCUACUUUGCGAUGGACGACAAGAUUACUCAGAAUAAAUAAAUCUAAAAACGAAAAA